AUGUAUCAGCUUGAAGAACAAAGGAAGGGGGGCCCGGGACCCCCGGGGGCGCAGGUGGGUGUGGGGGCGGCGUGCCGGGCGCGGGGGCGACGGUGCGCGCGCCGAGCCGAGCGCCGGCGGGAGGCGUGCGGCCGCGCGGGGCUCCGUGCGCCGAGUGUCUACGUCCGUGUGCGCGCCCCUGCGGCGCGGUGGAGCGCUGGCCGGGCCGCUCCUGGCCGGGUCUCGCGGCACCAGAGCCAGCCACCCGCCCGCCCGGGGGCACGGGAAGCCGGGGGCCAAGGAGAGCCGUUCCGGCGAGGCCGGCCGCGACGCGCGCACACGCACACGCCGCCGCGGGGCUCGGCCGGCUCGGCGGCCGCGCGGGGGGCGGGGCGAGGGCGGGCCGGGCGGGGGCCGAGGGCGCGCCGCUGUCCGGCACUGGGCGGCCGCCUGCAGCCGCCGCGGGGGACCGCACGCAGCUCGCCGCCUCGGGGUGGGCGGCGGCGGGGCGCCGGGGCGGCGGCACUGGGCGGGCUGCGACCCCGCACUCUCGCACGGACUUGGAUCCGGCGGGAGGAGUCUGCGGGGAGGAGGCGGAGGAGGAGGAGGGAGGGAGGAGAGAGGAAGACCGGAGUCCCGGCGGCGGCGGCGGCGGCAGUUCGGGCUACCCGCAGGCCAGCUGCCACCUUCUUGGAGAAGGACCACACCUGUGUUUAUUCCUCGCUUUGGAAGAGAGAUGUAGGAAUAGAAGCUCUGAGAAUGGUGGACUCUUCAGAAAAAAGGAGUGUGAUUGUGUUUCCGGAACAGCCCAAGGCUCUAGAAGUAGAGAUGCCAGAUUGUGGACUCAGGUCCUCCUUCACGGGACAGCCUAUUCCACUGAUGUACAGGAGCAUUGUUAUUGGAUGUCUGCACUGUCAGAAAAUGCUUCGUACUGAGCCGAAACGUAUCUUCAGGGUGGACAGUAAACUGAGAAAUUGCCCUGGAAGCCAAGGCUUUCCUGUGGAUUGGCUCAGGGAAGAUCAUCUGACCUAAAACUCACUCUGCGCUUGGCCAAUGGGCAGAGGCUGCAAUCUCCACACCAUCCAGCUCAGAGUUGAAGCCUGCUGACCCCUACCCCGUUCUAUCUCUAAUCUAGCCUCCCUUCAAAAAUGUUGUCAUUUCAGAUAUGUUCUGUGAUUAGAAUCAUAUUGUAUGUAACCUUUUGGAAAUGGCUUUUUUCUACUCAGCAUAAUUCCCUGGAGAUUCA